AUGUUUAAAACCCUAGGUUUGCUUACGCUGCGUGGAGCUCUCUCUUCUCUCUCUCUCUCUCUCUCUACAGCCAAGAUGGUUCUCUCCAAUGAUUACGAUUUGCUCAACCCACCGGCCGAGCUUGAGAAGAGGAAGCACAAGCUCAAGCGCCUCGUGCAAUCCCCCAACUCCUUCUUCAUGGAUGUCAAGUGUCAGGGUUGCUUUAACAUAACAACUGUUUUCAGCCACUCCCAAACCGUUGUUGUGUGUGGAAACUGUCAGACAGUGCUGUGCCAACCCACUGGUGGCCGUGCCCGCCUCACCGAGGGCUGCUCCUUCCGAAGAAAGGGCGAUUGAAGAAAAUACACUCCUUUUUCACAUUCUUUAUUGGAUGUGAGUCUGAGGCCUUUUUUUGGUUGGAUGUUUUCUUUUUGUGGACAUGUAAUGCUCGCUGAGACUUGUUGAGUUUCUCAAAAAGUAACCUUUCAAGUUAUGUUAUUCUAGGUUUUGAAUUAUGUUAUAUUAUAAUUGACCAGUUUUUCUGUGAGAUUUACUCAGUUGCUCUUUUGUGUUAAGUUUUGAACUUUUGUCUUUUCUUCACAUUUAUUUGAUAGUAAUGGAGAAAUCUUUAAAUA